GUGAACUAACUGAACAUGUAUCAGGCUAUAAGGCGCAUUAUUCCAAUGUAAGGAUCUUAACGAAUUAAACAAGGUGCCUUGUGUACCCGAGUUCGUACAAAACCGGAAACGGAAGCGCUAUCAACAAACCGCCAUGUUUAUGAUAAAGACAACAAUAACCGUUAACUCCGGGGGUUCUAUCUACUGAUGGAGGCACAAUAUGAUCGAAUUAAUCGAGAAGUAUCGUAUCGUACCACUUUAAAAUAUGAAUCGUCGCACUCUCAGGAGCUCACGUAAGCCAUCUCUGCAAAGCCAGGCAUAUUUAAUACGAAGCUUUUUUGAGUCAGAUUUGAAGCAAAGAUUUUAUCUAGAAAAAUUCCAUGCUAAGGGCGGCCAAGGUGGUGUAUACAAGGUCAAGUAUGUGUCGUCAUCGGUUAAGGCAUCUAAUCAGCGGUUGCUAGUGCUCAAAAUCGCAGAUCCCCAGAGAGGUUCGGACGUCGAGGGGUUACGGAGGGAGGCAAUUAUCCUAAAGGGUUUGAGGUAUUGUAGGCACAUCGUUACGAUAUUUACUAGCCCCAACGACCCUCUGAAACCGGCUAGGGAAAGCUAUGGCUGGGCCUGGGCAUUCCUAGAACAUAUCGAGAAUGACACCCUCACGACUUUCAUGGUGCGAGCGAAAGAAAAAGGACUUAAGGUUCUGCCAAACCGUUUGCUUUGGUCAAUAUUCUUCUGCAUGAUCCGUGCCUAUAUUGCAAUGGCUUGGCCUGUCAAAAAUUAUAAAGACCUUGAGACGGCUAAGGCGAUAGAUCCUAGCGGACUAGCUCAUAACGACAUACACGGCGAUAAUCUUCUGUUUGGAUCAUACAUGCGUGGCCGCGAACACGGCCUCUCCCCGAUAUUGAAGUUACUCGACUUUGGGCUAGCAGAUUUGUCGGAGGAAGAUAGUCAUGCCCGCCAACACCCCACAGGCGAACAGAGCAACAUAUUGGACAUAGGUAUAAUGAUGGCUAGCGUAAUAGGGCUUCAAACAGACCGUAAAUACUCUGGAGAAGAAAUGGAAGUGGACCUAUCCGAACUCGGCCGAGCCGACGACGUCUUGUCGCCCGCUGCGGGUAUAUUAGAAGAUUUCGAUAAUGGCACGCCGGACCCGUAUCCUCUCGUCGAUAAAGAUUUACGACUCGUCCUUGCCGCGUGUUUGGCCGUCGACUAUCGCGAUCGCCCGACGUUGGAAGAACUUGAGAGGUGGGCUGGGGCUAAAAUCUUGAAUACCGAUCCAAAUCAAUACGCGCACAUUAAUCGUGGAAGAGAGCAGGAGACUGAUGAAAGGAUUCACGCGAUUGUGCAGGCUUGUAUAUUUGAUGCGUAGGUGGGAGUUUGGGCUCUUGUCUCAGCUAGUGGAUGCACCAGGUUAGGGUUGCGGCCGUAUCCGGGUACCCAAGUACUCGGCCGUGUAUAUAGGUAUUGGGGUUGCUAUUGACUGGCGGAAGUUUUUAUCGUACUAUAAAGAAGGGCUAUCAGGCCUCAAUAUGAUAUCCCAGCUUGUCGAUAAACGUCGUCGAUAAGGGCUCGGCUUUCAAGGCUGCUCUAUUCCAGGAAUACCCGGGUAUGUGAGGUUAAGAUGGUGAUAGGGAUGAUGCUGGUUGAAAAUGUGGGCGUCGGCUGGAUAAUCCAAGACAUGGGACAUCCCCCGACAAUAAAAUUGGCCCUCCAAACGUAGCCGUAGGAAAAACCAUUAGUUCUAUCAGGUACUGAAGCAAUAGGUGCGCUAACACUGAGCUCGAUUCACCCUUUACUAUCUUGACCGGGAAACCCCAUAAGUAGCUCGAACAUACGGUGAUGUAUUAGGCGGGAAAACUUGAAAAUAUUUCCAAAGAUCAGGCCCCUCACGCUUGCGCAAUCGACGUCAGCGGUGGUGCGCCACGGUGGU